AUGGCUACAAUGGCAGAGGCAGAUAAAAAAAUAGUCACUCAGCAUGACCCCGACGUGGAACGCGACAUGGCAAUGACCGACGAAACCGUCUCGAUAGAUAAGGGCGACAUCUUACAGCUCGAGUCGCUGGACCGCAAUCUCAACGCAAAGAUGCACCUGGUCAAUAAUGCCAUUGACGAGAUUGGUUUCACACGCUACCAGUGGAAGCUCUUCGUUCUCAAUGGCUUCGGAUAUGCCGUCGACUCGCUCAUCUUGCUCAUCCAGAGCAUCAUUGCCGGUCAAGCCGCGCUCGAGUUCAACCCUUCUUAUAAGAACGGCCUCACCAUCGCUGCAUACGUCGGCAUGCUCACAGGUGCCUUUUUCUGGGGCAUGAGCGCCGAUGUCAUUGGUCGCAAAUUCGCCUUCAAUGUCAGCUUGCUCCUGUGCUCCAUCUUUGCCAUUGUGGCUGGUUCAAGUCCCAAUUGGAUCGUCUUGGGCCUUUUCGUAUGCCUCAGCUCUUUCGGCGGCGGAGGCAAUCUGGUCCUGGACACUGCUGUAUUCUUGGAGUACCUGCCUAGCAAGAAGCAAUGGAUGCUGACCUUGAUGGCUGCGUGGUGGGGUAUUGGUCAACUCAUUGCUGGAUUCUUGGCCUGGGGAUUUCUGCCCAACUACUCUUGUGACGAUCCAUCUGUCGUCGAGGGGGCAGCACCAUGCACCUACGAAAAUAACAAGGGAUGGCGAUACGUGUGGUUCGCCGCUGGCGCUCUCGUUUUCGUCAUGAGCAUCCUCCGUAUAACCGUAAUUCGCCUCAAAGAAACCCCCAAAUUUCUCGUUGGUGAAGGCAAAGACGCCGAAUGCGUUGAGACGCUCCAGGCCAUCGCAACCAAAUAUAACCGUCCUUGCAGCCUGACCCUCGAGAAGCUCCAAGCAUGCGGGACCAUUGAGCGUAUGGCCCAACGCGAGGGCAAGGCCAAAUGGAGUCCAUCCCACAUCACUGUCCACCUCAAGGGCCUCUUCGCUACCCGCCGCAUCGCAAUAUCCACCUCCCUCAUCUGGCUCUCCUGGACUCUCAUCGGUCUUGCCUACCCCCUCUACAACGUCUUCCUUCCCUCCUAUCUAGGGAGCCGCGGCGCCGAGUUUGGGGAAUCGUCACAGUACAUUAAAUGGCGCAAUUACACGCUCGUCAACUUUUCUGGCAUCUGGGGACCCGUACUGGCGGGCUGGAUGUGCCAGUUGCCGUUCUUGGGCAGAAAGUAUACAAUGGUUGUCGGUGCCCUGGUCACGUGUAUCUUCUUCUUCGCGUAUACCCAGGUUAGGACGCAGACGCAGAAUGUUGCUUUCACGUGCGUUGUCAAUUUCUGCCUCAACAUCUACUAUGGCACGCUUUAUGCGUAUACCCCUGAAGUUCUUCCCAGCGCCCACCGUGGCACCGGCAACGGCCUCGCAGUCAGCGCAAACAGAGUCAUGGGUAUCCUCAGCGCCGUCAUCGCCACCGUGGCAGACACGUCAACACCCGUCCCCAUCUACAUCUGCGCUGCGCUGUAUGUCGUCAUGGCUGGCGUGGCAGCCAUUUUCCCAUUUGAACCAUAUGGAAAGAGGAGUUCGUAGUUUCUGCGUCAUGGAUCGCU